AUGAGUCAAGUUAAACUUUACAAUAAUCCUUUAAUUAUCAGGAACGUUGAAUUUAAAGAAUAUGUCACAGAGAAAGAAGCUUUAAAGAAGGUCGAUGAAUUCAGGUUUAGUGAUUCAGGGCAAACAUUGUCCGAUAGUAAGAAGAAUAGUUUAAAAAGGAUUGCAAAUUAUUUAUCUACUCACCCAAAUUUUGAUGAGGUUUCUGACGAUCACGUGCUUAUAAGGGAAGGGUAUCCUAUGAUUUUCACCAGUAACAAUUAUAGAAAGUUGAAAUAUGAAAAACCGGUUAAAAAAGCGGAAGGAACGGGCGAAAGUUCGAUCGGGCAUAAUCAACUACUUAAAGGUGAAAUCACUUCAGCUAUGAGUGAUCCACUCAAAAAAAUUAAUUCUUCAAAGCCAAAAUCUAAAAUACGUGACAUUCUUAUCGCUAAAGGUAUAGAUUAUAAAUCUAAAACAUUGAUUCAGGAUGAAGAUGGAAAAAUGAAAUUGGUAAAUAAAGAAGAACAAGAGAUAUUCGAAGUGAAUGAAAGUUUGAACGUUGAAGACGAUUUGUUUAUGGAAGGUGGAUCGACAAAGAAUAGGCUUAGGGGAAUGGAUACCAUCAAUAAUAACAAUGGAUUUGGACAAAACAAGAGUGUAUUGAAUGAUGACAACAGUUCCUUAAAGAACAAGAAAUUUAUGUUAAAUCAAAAUGAUGGCAUUAAAAAGAAAUCUAAGAAGGCGAAUAAAUUGAUUCAGAGCAACAUCAAAUCAAAUAAAGUUGUAAAGAAAUGGCAAAGAGAAAUAAGAACUCAGCAACGAUCCUUAGAUCGACAGAUAAGAGAUUUUGAAGAAGUAGAAAAAAAAACUACAACAUUAUUAAAACAAAACGUUAAAAAAAAAGAUUUACCAGCUUGUAAAUUAUUUGCCAAGGAACUUGUUAGAACCAGACGACAAAAAACUAGAUUAUAUACUACUACUCUAAAAUUAUCUGGAUCAUUAAAAAAAAGUACCGAAAUAAUGAAAAUGGUUAAUGGGUUAGCCAGGUUACCAGAAUUAUCAAAAGGUAUGCAGGAAUUAUCAAUGGAAAUGACAAAGGCUGGUAUCAUCGAUGAAAUGUUAGAAGAUACAUUUGAAUUAAUGGAAGAUAGCGACAUUGAAGAAGAGGCAGAUGAAGAAGUCAAUAAAAUUUUAUUUGAAGUUACAAAUGGAUUACUUGGUGAAGCUAGUGUUGUUAAUGUACCACUAGAGAAUCCGGGAUUAGAAGAAGAGGAGGAACCUGCCGCGGCAUUGGAUGAAAUGCAAGCUAGAUUGCACGCAUUAAAAUCUUGA